CCUUUCUGGGAUGGCAGGUAGAAAACAGAUGACAUAGUGCAGUGUAAUUUUGUCUUUGACAUCACUGUUCAAGGAACAUGUUGCCUAUAAAAGAAGCAUGACUGACUAUCCUCUGGCUAUUCGCAGGGGCUCGUUAAGCAAUUAUAUAAUGACAGUACAUCCAAGCCGCACAUAAGAAACAAUGCUCCAGUCCAACAUCACAUCUCCAGGAAUUCCUCUGUCCGUGGACUUCGACAGCCCCGUCGAUUACGUCGUCUUUAUUUUCCAGGUUUUGUUCGCUACUACUGCUGUUCUCGUGGCAGGACAAGUAGUGAUAGCCAUCUUGGCCACAAAGCCGCUGCGCCUCAAUAACAGGUUCAUUUUCAUGCUGAACACGAGUAUUUGUGACACGCUGGUUGGCUUUUCGGUGUAUUAUCUGGGUCUGUUUGACGUUCAGGAGGGGUAUCCCUCUAGAAACGGGACUUAUAGUAUUUUGCCCUCCCUUCUGGGGGUGAACAUAAUGACAUUUCUGUUUGCUCAGUUUGACCGCUAUUUCGCCGUCUGUUAUCCUUUCAUGUACGCGCGUUUCAUAACGCGGCGGGUGAUCAUCACUGCGAAUGUCUAUUGUUGGUUUCACGUCUAUUCUCAGACUUUAGUUGCAAUUGCCUUGCCACUUUCCAAAGCGGUGCAUCUGUACGUCUCCGGUGUCAUCGUCUUACAAGUGAUCGUGCUCACCAAAAUCGUCAUGACCGUCAAACUGUACAUUGUUGCCAGGUACCAGCUCGAGAGAGACCCCCCGAGCGCCGAGAAAAAGAACAACAAAGAAUCCUUGACAAUUAUCAUAUUCGUUGUCAUAAGCUUCUUGUGUUUGUGGGGGCCCUCUUUUAUUAACAUCGUCCUCAGACUUUUGUUUAGACGAGGGCUGAGCUUUAGAAACGAGGCCACCAACCUGUUCGCCAUCAUGGCUCGUUUCAACGCCGUGUGCACGCCGUCGGUGUACAUCUGGGGGAGUCCGGCUCUGAGGAAAGCCAUCGUGAGGACAGUUUGGAGCAGAGUGUUUCCAGGAUGCAAGAGGAGAGUCGCCUCAGGUUCCGUGGAGAACAACUGUAAAGGAAAGUCGAGAUGAAGAUUCGCCGGCACAUGCCCGGUUGCUACGUUAACCGGGGACUUCUGCAAGGAAUUGGUAACAAGAGAUUGUACUGACUGCCGAGGAACAGAAAUAUAUUCACACUGUAAAGGUACUAUCAAGUAAAAGGAAAUUUUAACUGAAUUAUGUUGUUUUGUUCCAUAGAGGCUGGUCCUGACUUUGAGCUCCACUUUACGCGUUUAUUAAUGUGUUUUAAGUCUUUUAAAUCUUUUGUUAGGUGUAAAAUCACACCAACCUAAAUAUAAUACUAAUUAAUAUAAACCCUGUCAGUAUUACAGUACAGAAUGCUGUUUUUAUUAUUAUUGUUAUUAUUAUUAUUGUAAUUAGUGCGUAAACAGUGGAAUCAGGUUGCUGCCAUUCAUUAAAAAGUGAUAUAGACUGCAAUUUAUUCAUUUUGAGUUCAGAAAUUUUCACAG